UCCAUUUCAAGAAUCCCUUUAAAGGAUAACAACAACACGCUGCAAAUCAUAAAAAAGAUUUGUGUUUCAGGGGGUCAAAUAUUUCAACUUCUUUUUGUUUCUUGGGUAUCUUGGAUUAAAAGUAAUUUGUAAUCUUGAAUUGGUGAGGGAGAGGGAGUUUUUGUGGGGGUAGAAAUAUAAAUUUGGUGUAAGGGGGGAAUGAGGAUGAGGGGUGAAGUAAUGGGGUACAAGAGGGAGAUGGAAGAUGAGGAAGAGGAAAACCAGAUGGAAUUGGUUCACUCUAAGAAAUUUAUUAUGGUUGGUUAUGCUCUUACCUCCAAGAAAGUUAAGAGCUUUUUGCAACCUAAGCUUGAAAGUCUAGCUAGGACUAAGGGAAUAUUAUUUGUUGCUAUUGAUCAGAACAAACCCCUUUCAGAUCAAGGUCCUUUUGACAUUGUGCUCCAUAAGUUGUCAGGAAGCAAGUGGCGUCGUAUUCUUGAGGAAUAUAGGCUUACACAUCCAGAUGUCACUGUUCUUGACCCUCCAGAUGCCAUACAGCAUGUAUACAAUCGUGAAUACAUGCUUGAAGAUGUUGCAGACCUGAACUUGUCGGACACCUAUGGGAAAGUUGGUGCUCCUAGGCAACUGGUUAUUGAGGGAGAUUCUUCAUCUAUUCCAGAUGCAGUGAGUAAAUCUGGUCUGAGACUACCUCUUGUUGCAAAGCCUUUGGCCGCUAAGUCACAUGAGUUGUCUCUAGCCUAUGACAAGUUCUCUCUUCAGAUGCUUGAACCCCCACUUGUGCUACAGGAAUUUAUCAACCAUGGAGGAAUUCUGUUUAAGGUAUACAUUGUCGGGGAAGCAAUUAAGGUUGUGAGACGAUUCAGUUUACCUGAUGUUAGCAAACGUGAGCUGUCCAAAAACCCUGGGGUUUUCCGAUUCCCAAGAGUUUCUUGUGCUGCGGCAUCUGCAGAUGAUGCAGAUUUAGACCCUUGUGUUGGAGAGCUUCCUCCGCAACCAUUACUUGAGAGGCUUGCUAAGGAACUUCGGCGUAGACUGGGUCUUCGGCUCUUCAACUUGGAUAUAAUCAGAGAGCUUGGAACAAAAGACAGAUACUAUGUCAUAGAUAUUAAUUACUUUCCUGGUUAUGGGAAAAUGCCAGAGUAUGAGCACAUAUUUACUGAUUUUCUCCUGAGCCUUGUGAAGCAGAAAUAAUAAGGAAUUGGGAAAUCCGUUCCUAAUUAGGCAUAAUUUUCAGUGGAUUUACCGGGAAGGAAUCCUCCUGCCAGCAUGAGGAGGAUAGAAUCUUGCAAAGAAUUCUGUGGCAAUUUCUAAAAGCUGGUCACAGACGCUGGCGGAAAAUGCAGAAGAGCUCUCUUGAUGAUGGUUACUCCUUUGGAAGCUUGCCUCUUGUACACAAUUCCAACUUACUGACCUUGGGGUCCAUCUUUUGUUUCCGGUCUUUGAUAAUUGAUAAGUUUAGUGGAUUCAAGGAGCGUGAGCCCUUGGUAAAUGUUGGCUGGAGGGCGAAUAUGCCCGUGUUCCAGGGGCAAAGAAUUGCUUCCACCUUGUAAAAAUGCCAUUUACAGUAGGAACAUACAUGUACAUUGUUGGCUCUUCUAAUCUACUGGAUAGCUUGGUUA